CAUUAGGCAAGAAAGCAUUAUAAAAAAAAUAAAAAAAAAACACCGGAAUGAGCAUCUCGAUUGACUCGUAUGAAAGUGGGUCUAUUGAAGGUCUCUUUGGUAGUCAGGUCGAACAGCGUGUAGCUCAUCAUGUCGACAGUGACGAUGAACCAGAGCGGCGACAGGGUUUAGGACGACGAAUGAGUGACAGCAAAGAUACUAUGAAUUCCAUCAACAGUACGGUUGCUACCAGCAGCAGUAGUAGUGAUGCUAAUGGCGCACCUACAAGAGGCUAUUCAUGGCUAGUUUUUCUACGAAACCCUUGGAAAAAAAGAUAUCAUAGAUCCCAACAACAUCGUCAUAACCUCAACAGCAAUAAUAGUCGGUCAUGGUUAGGGUUUUCACUAUAUACCCGUAUCCCUUCAUCAUCAACGUCAACAACAACAACAUCAACAAUAACAAGUUCAGCAUACAACAUGAUUCGCAAAAUCCAGAUGUAUACUUCUUUGAUGAUCACGGGCGCCGUGAGCAGCAAGUGGCGCAAGAGUUGGUUCAUGAGCCUAAUUCUGAUCUCAGUUGUCUUGACAGCACUUUCUGGAGGAUAUCUUUUGAGCCAAUUACAGCAUCCUAAUGAUUUGGGUACUGUGCCAUUGUUGAGAGAAGGGACUGACAGUAGUAAUUCUAACGGCCUUCAAUUAGACACAGGGCCAACUAGUGGAUCUAGAAGAGAUAAGGGUUGGGGGAAGAAGCAGCCUGUCCCUGCAAAGGAAGAUCCACCUUUCGGAGCGAGCAAAGGGGGGGAAACAACAGACGAAUCCGAUAAACCAGCCAAACAUCUACCAUCUCAUGAGAGUAGCUCAUCAUCUGUUAGGAUAUGUAGCCUGGAGGAUGUGGCUAAUGGAGAGUGGAUCUAUACUUCUGUAAAAGAAAGCAAACAAGAAAAAGUAGAAGUUACUACAACACCCGUUGAUCAAAACUUGAGUUGGACAGGGUAUGGGCAAAAUGGCUGUCGACCUCACAUAUGGAAUGAACGAUACCUUUUGACACCAUCUUAUGGUUUCAACAGCAACUUUACAACAACACCCCUCAACAGCAGCAGCUACUUGCAGGCAGACCUACAAUAUGCACAACAUCUCAAAAACUUUCGGUGGCAGCUAAGUCCUCGUCAGGAUCCAAGGCAUCCUAAUCAGUUUCUCAGCGAAUGUCAACAACCAGAGAUGGACGUUAGUGACUUUGUUGAUAUUCUCAAGCGAACGCCUAUCGUAAUGAUAGGAGAUAAGUUUCUAGAGCAAGAAUAUCUUGCUAUCGAAUGUAUGAUUCUUGGGAUGCAGGACCAGCUUUAUAUGGAUGCUGGGAUCAAGCCCACAACAGGCAGAAUAGACACAAACGAUAAAUCAGCAGCAUAUGAAGAAGGUAAAGAAGCCUUGGUAGCAGGAUUCGAAUACAGAAUCGAGUCGGAGAUGCCUUCUGUGAUUGAGCUCAAGAUCGCCCCUGGAUCAAGAAAACAAAACCAUCAUCCAUCUAUCUACAGGAAAGCUAAGCCUGGUCAAAUGCGACUUGUCGACCGUGUCUCCAAUUUGAGCUUAAUCACAUUCAUCCGUUCAGAUGUUCUUUGGGACCCUGGAAUGUUUUUAGUGGAUCCAAUCCAUAAGCAUACAGUCAAAACCGCAAAGGAGAUUUCAGAAAUGGAAGCUAAUGGGCUCCAUCCAGAUUGUAAGGUCGUUGGAAUGGCCUUACUUUGUGAACCAGCACGAAUCGAACAUUACCGUAAAACGGAAGCAAACGAGAGGGAUAAAUCUGAAGGUUUGACGACGACGGCUGCAUCAUCAACGUCAUCGUAUUGGUGGCAAUGGUGGAUAGGAUCGGAUAAUGCUCCUUCAGAACAAUCAAAAAGUAGUACUGGAAGCAAUAAUAAUCUAGGAGAUCAGGAUGGCGAUAAAGAGGAAGAAGAGAUGCUCUAUGGAUCGGAUCUGGACCAUGAUAUAAUUAAUUUGAAGUGGACUGAGUUACUUGAGGCGAUUGUGAGUGAUACCGCAGAACAUCGAGCUAGAGCGUCAAUGCGUAAAAGUACAAGUGAAGAAGAUAUUGAACGCAAACCUUUGGUGAUGAUCAGUAGUGGACAUUUUUGGGAGUAUGAUCCUAAGGAUGUGACAACGGGGUUUAUGGACGGAUGGUCGAAUGAUGCUGGCAAAGGUCAUGAAGAGGCGAAAAAGAUGAAAGCGCUGUCGAAGGCCGAGCGAGAUCAGAUUAGACAGAGUCGAGAUAAGCGCAAGAAAUUGUUAAGACAGCAGUACAUGAGGGUGUUGACUAACAUGUUGGAUUACAUCAAAGAAAAGUAUCCAGACCUGAGAGUCUUCGUCCAAACCAGUGUCAGGCGUAGGCCGUGUGGUAAUGAUUCUGAUAAAUACAACAAAUCAAUUGAAGAGCUGAAGGAUCAAGAAGCAGCUCUCUUGAACACACUGACCAAGACUGUGGUAGCAAGGAUGCAAGAUCCAUUAUAUUCGUUCGUAGACACAAAAUUCCUCAGAGAAUUUAAGGGCUCUGUAGCAAGCACGCGGCACUGUAGCAAUUUCAUGAUGCCAGGACCACUAGAUACCCUCGUCCAUCAUUUGUAUGGCGAACUCUAUAGAUUAGAUUUGUAGACAGACAC